ACCAAAACGAAAAGUGAGCUCCACUUACUUGCAGAGCGGAGAUAACAAACAUGGAGCGAACAAGUAGCAUUCGGAGAAAAGCCGUGGCUCGGCAGCAUAAGGCCGAAGUGAUGAUUGCAGGGGAACAACUCAGGUUGAAACUUCACGACGGAAAACUGAUCAAGGAUCGACGCUACCACCUGCGGACCUAUCCCAACUGCUUCGUGGCUCAGGAGCUGAUCGACUGGCUGAUGAGCCACAAGGAAGCUGCAGAUCGAGUCACAGCUGUCCGUCUCGUGCAGCACCUCCUGGACCAUGACAUUGUUCACCACGUCUGUGACAAGAGGUCUGUAUUCAAGGAUGCCAAACUGCUGUUCCGUUUCCGCAAAGACGAUGGCACAUUUCCCUUCAAUACGGAGGUGAAAAUCUUCAUGCGAGGACAACGGCUGUUCGAACAACUCAUUGCAGACAAAGACUCCAUCCUGCAGCUGAGAGAGGAGCAUGGUGUUGCAUAUCACCGCUCCUUUCCUGGCUGCCAGUUCAUUGACUGGCUACUUCAGAAUGGAGAGGCAGAGAGCCGCCGUCAGGGGCUGGAUUUGUGCCGCGCGUUGCAGGAGCAUGGCAUCAUUCAGCACGUUGCAAAGAAGCACGAGUUCUUUGACAGCGGGUUACUCUAUCAGUUUUGCAUCAAUUUUCGCCGCCGCCGCCGCCUGUCUGAGCUUUUGAGUGAGAGUGAGCAUGACAAAGACGAGGGCAAGGUGCUGCAGACUCAGGAGGACCAGAACCUCGACAGUCCAUUUGUUGUACGCAGAAACUCACAGAGACAAAAUGCUGCCUUCCAGUCUGUGCGGGUGAAAAAAGAUCUUAAACAGGCUAUCAGUGGACGUCGGGGAAGCUUGAAUUCAGCUCAGCUCCACCCAGAAGAAUUUCCACCAUCUUCAAAUCAACAGUCUUCAGUCGCAGUGCCGAGAUUCAAUCCUAAAUCAGUUCUUAAAAGAAAUGUUACAUGUGAAGAGUUGUUGGCACCCGGCGCACCCUUCAUCAAGAAAGUGUUGACAGUGAUCGGGGACGCUCUGGGCUGGGGCUUUGUUGUCCGAGGUGCUGCUCCCUGUUAUAUGCAGGCUGUUGACCCUGGAAGUCCUGCAGCAGCUGCUGGAAUCAAGGUGCAGCAGUUUGUGUGUCAGGUGAAUGGACAGUGCGUUCUUCACCUGGACUACAGGACGGUCUCCAGACUGGUGAUGACUGGACCUCGGACCGUUGUGCUGGAAGUACUGGAGCCAAUCGAAUGAAACUGCUGUCCUACUCCGGUCCAUCUUUUAUCCCGAUUGAUGCAGUCACCAGAGAACCUCAAAUGCUCUUGGAUUAUGGAAAAUAACAUGGAGAAAGCCAGAAAGAGAACAUUGAAACUCAAAGCCCCCCGAGCACAACCUGAACUCACACCCAAAACUGAACAUAGUGAGGCACGAGUGUCAACCGCACAACAUGAACAUAUUUCAACUGAUACAUUAACUGAAUAUGAUUACUUGUAUUGACUGAAUGCUGAUAUUGCAUACUGUAAAGUCCCCAAUAAAAUCAUUAAGAUUGAAAUGAGUCAUUUCAUAGAGCAAUUGGAGGCAAUAAAUGACAUAUCAAGAUGGAUGAUUUGGUAACUGAAAAUGAUUAUGAACUGCAAAAAGUAAAUGUUCUGACUUUUAAAAUAUGUACUUAUUGUGAUAAUAAAAAUAAAUUAAUGUACUCUGUUUGAUCUUGUGCAAAUAUGUUUAUACAUUUCAAGUUAAUGCACUAAUUCAUAAACAGACAAAAAUCAUGCUUAAUUACAGGGAAGUUUAGUCUUUUUUAUUUUAAUUACAUCUCAUCAUGAGCAUCUUCCAACUGAAAGUGAAUACACAUGAUGCACAUUAGUAAUGUUGCUUAAUUUGAACAAGGAAUCAGGGAGUCAAACUCAUUUUAGAUGAGGGGUCAUAUAUAGCCCAAUUUCAUCGUGAGUGGGCCGGACUGGUAAAAUAGUAGUGUAACAACCUUUAAAUUUAAAGUUUAAAGUUUUUUGUUUGUUUUUUUUUGUU